AUGAUCAGAUUUUGUCGACAUUACUAUCGUGAUAAUCCAUUUGAACUUGAGAAGAUUGAUGAUUUCGAGCAGAAUUAUCGUCUGGAAAAUAUACUUCGUUGGUAUACGCAGGAAUGCUUUGUCUACAAAAUGAUCAAUAAAGCGCUGCGAUCGGAAGAUCUGGAGCAAUUGCUGCGUUUUUCAUUUUUAAUUGCUGCUCUUUCCAAAAGAUUAGCCGAUGGACAAAAUAACCCACGUCGAAAGAUGCCGUCAACAAUAACUGUAUAUCGUGGUGUUCGUUUACAUCGGACGGAAGUUGAUCGACUAAUGAAGAGUGUCAAUCUUUUGAUAUGUAAUCAAGGCUUUUGGUCCAGCAGUCUCCGUCGUGGUCGAGCUUUGGCUUUCGCGAAAAGUUAUGCUGCAACCGACGAGAUUUGUCCUGUUCUUUUCGAAAUCAGUUGUGAUACUCGAAAUGUUUACCACGCAUUAAACAAUUAUGAUACAGCUUUGCAACACUAUCGUAAAGCUUUACAAUUACACAAUGAUUAUCCUUCAGAAAAUCUUCGAGAAAAAGCCAUCUGUCUUAAUCAUAUUGGCAGUACUGAAAUCGAACAGGGAAAUUAUAGUGCUGCACGCGAUGCUUUCCAACAAGCGUUCCAGAUUCGUCAACAAAUUUUACCACCGGAUCAUCCACAUAUAGCUGAAAGUUUAUAUAAUAUUGGUAUUGUUCAACGGCAACAAGGCGAUUACCAUGAUGCACUGGACUCUUGUAGACGAGCAUUGGCUAUUCGACAGAAACUUUUCUCGGACGAUCAUCCACUCGUCGCAGAUACUUUUGAGCUCAAAGCCAAGAUUUAUCACAGCCAAAACAGAUUUCAAGAUGCACUUGAAAUUCAUCGAAAAGUACUUCAUAUUCGGGAAAAAUCUUCUCCGAACACACAUGCUGAUAUUGCGCAAUCAUUGAACAAUAUUGGUAUCAAUUUAAAGAAGACAAACCAACUUGAUCAAGCUCUCAAACAUUCUCUCGAAGCUUUAAAAAUUCAUUCCAGAAAUAUCGCAUCGAAACAUUUUGAUCGUUUCGCUUGUCUAAAUAAUAUAGGUGACAUUUACAGAAAACAAAAGAACUACACGGAAGCAAUGGAAUAUCAUCAGAAAGCUUUGAAAUUAGCUCAACAAUAUUUUUCAGCAAAUCAUCCCUAUACAGCCGAUUCUCUUCAUAAUAUCGGGAUUGUGUUCCAAGCACAAAACAAGUACGACAACGCCCUGAAAUUCUAUUCUCAAUCACUGGCCAUUAGAGAAAAAACAUUAUCCCCAAAUCAUGCAAAUAUUGCUGCUAGUUACAGAAGCAUCGCUCAUCUCUAUUGGAACAGUAAUCACUUUGAUCAAGCACUGGAAUUCUAUCAACGAUGUUUGGCCAUCCGUCGAGAACAAAACCGCAGAAAUAGCUGCGAUAUUGGCGAUGAUCUCUACUAUGUUGCUCUGACGUAUGAAAAGUUAAAUCAAAUCAAUGAAGCACUGAAACAUUUGAAAGAGGCGCGGUCAUUCUAUCAGAUGACCAAAUCUGAGAAUCAUUCCACACUAAUGGACACUGAAAAUGCCAUUCGUAGACUAUCUAUCUCCACCGUUUCUUGUCAAGAACUUGAGUGAUUCAUUUUUCUAAUCCAAUAAAGAAUAACUGCGAUAUUCUUGUCAUUGAUCAAUACAUAUUGAUACGUAAAGAUGUAGGACGAACAGAAUACAUGGCUCAUCAAAUCCCAGAUAAUGCCUUUCGGAAUUCCGUGUUGUUCUGGCGCCAAACACACAGUCAACGUAUCAAAAGGAGUAAUUUAAUAUCGCAUACGGAGUAUUCCAUAUUUGCCUUCAUGGAGUGAGUAUUUUGUCGACGGUAUCCUAUUUGGAACCGAGUCGGUAGACAAGCACUGGAUCCACUCAUCUGCCAGCUCGAGGGUGUGGGGUGUGGGUGUGGGUGUGGGUGUGG